CACUUUCCUACUCUAUAAUAGAUGUUGCGGUAGUUCUGACAGUGAAAGACGCUUCAAUUCUGAUUACUGCAGAGGAUGGCGCAGAAGAUGACAAAAGUCAAACCAGAUGAUGACAGGACAGUUCCUGAUUUUGGAAAGAUGUAUCAUGUCAAAGGUGUGAUUUCAUUGCCUUCCUAUGAGAUAGAAGAACCUUUUGAAGCUUGGUACGACUUUGAGAGGAACAGAAGUCGAAUCGACUACUAUAAUGGUACAGUGUGCACAUUUCUGAUUGGAAAUGACUUGGAUUAUGGGGCCAUUUAUCAAAUCAGACCAGUCCUUCCUACCAAUGAUAUUAAGUGUUUCCAGCUUAAAGGUACCAAAGAGGAACCGAUACAGCCACAGUCAGCAAUGCCUGAUGUACAGGGAUUUGAGUUUGAGAAGAUGGAUUAUCACAAAGGUUCACGGUGUGAGGUGUGGAAAACCGUCACAGAGGCUGGCCAUAAGAAGAACACAUACCGUCUGUGGGUCACACGUCCAGAGGGAAAUGAUGCUCCAGCCACACCACACCGCUUUGAGAUGGAGGGCUUCAACACUCUUCUAGAUUCCCACAAUGACAAAUACAGCAUUGAGUACAGUGACUUCUGCACACAAUCUGAGCCUGAUGUUUUCACUCCACCUGCAGGAUUUACCUGUGAAGAGUUUCCUGAUCCUCCUGAGGAGCAUCAAAUAUUAGCCAAUCCCAUUCAAGACUAUGUCAGCACCAACCCUGUUAGCCACGCCCACCGGAUGUUUGGCCCCUUUAAGGAGAAGUUUAAUCGACAGUAUAAAAGCGAGAAGGAGCACGAGAAGCGUGAAAUCAACUUUGUACAAUCUUUUAGGUUUGUGAACUCUACUAACAGAAAAGGUUUGUCAUUCACCGUUGGUAUCAAUGACCGCGCCGAUUGGUCAAGGGCAGAAACAAGAAAGUACUGUUAAAAUGUCAUUGUUGGUUAUCUAAACUGACUGAAAAACUAGGUAAAUGUUUUAUAGGUAAAUUAUAUAUAUAUAUA